GACGCCCUCCACGGAAAUGUCCAUUUGGCCGUCGUCUUUCAAAGCUUGUGCAGAAGGUGAUCGCAAAGAUUACAGUAUGAAUAUUGCGCCGAGUAAUAUGAAAAAAAAGCAGCUCGAGCAUAUUUUGCAUUUUUUGAAGAAAUGUACCGUUGAUGAUGUCACAUAUUUUUCUAAUUAAUUUCACAUUAGUUUGUUAAAACAAGAUGAAACCAAGACAUUAUCGACAGGAGAAAAAUAGGUCCCAGGUUGAUGACAGAGACGAUGUUAGCGCAUGUUCAAUGUCAGGGCUGGUUCAAUGUCGAGCAUCCCCACCCCCAAGUCACGUAGGAGAUGGUUCGUUUAUGGACCUCCCUCAGACCACUGCACCCCCACCCCACAGCCUCAGUAGUAAGAACCCCCUUUCUCAACCCACUCUCUCAGCCAAGACCAAGAUAUGUAUGCCGGUGCAAAAUACCUGGAAAGGAGAGCCUUAUGACAAGCCUUUGCUCAAAUACACAACAGCCCUCCCUAUUGGUAGGCGCCACUGUAGAUCUCAUCCAAUUCAACCACUCAUCCCCAACUCAUCUCCAAACCUGACUAAUAAAAGGGUGAAGUUCAAAAAUCCUGAGGCCACCCUACAUCUUAUUCCAGCAUGGCCAGAUUUAGAGCAGUUCACACAACAGACACCCACCUCUGGAGGUCAGUUGGUUAGACCACUAACGCGCAGACCACCAUCACGCAAGCAGCCCCAGUCUGCAGACCAGAGACAUCUGGAUGCUAUCUGCUCACACAGCUCCCUUACUACGGGGGAGGCUGUUGGAGGUGAGAAUAGUGGAGGGGGAGGAGAUAGGGGCUUCCUGUCCCGCUCUGUCAGAGAUCUGCUGUUGCUUACCUCCAGCUCCGAUGAUGACACAGACUUUGAGUCUCCUUCUGAGCCUCUGUUCCGAUGCCCCACCCCAGCCUACCUCACCCGCCGCUACCAGAACAGCUUAAAAUGGUACCAGGCCGUGCGAAGUGAGAAGAAGAUCGAACGUCACAAUAAAAUGCUUCAGCAGCUUUGUGACGAGGGGACAUCAGAUAGGCCUACUGCUGAAAAAGCAGACCCCUCUGGUGUCCAGGCGAGACACUCCGCCCUUCAGGGUGCUGGGGAGGGGUCGACCAUCUGUAAACAGGGGGGGAAGAGGAAAAGGAGCCUGCUGUUGGGGAAAAGGGACCUCCCUCCCAGCCGGGUGAGGAGAUGGGACCGGCGGUCAUGGCGGAGAGAGCUAGACAGCAGCUCCUCGGACUCCCCCGCAUCUGAUUCCAUCAUCGUGCUCAGUUCCGCCUUCUUCCCCCCUGCUGCUACCAGCACUCCCCCUGACUCUUCUCCUCUUUCAAUGACACCUUGCAAUACCCUACUGCUUUCCCAUUCCUUAUCACUCAGUACGCCUUCCAGUUGCCCUAGCACCCCACUGUACCCUCACUCCUUCACCUCCAGUGCCCCUGGCACACCGUUACAAAGUGAUCUGACAUCCCCAGUACGCACCAAGUCAUUCUACUCCAGUGCCCCAUGCACCCCACAACAUGCGAUCCUUUGCAGGGACAGGAGCAACAUCUCAGGAAAUAGGACUACAUGUUGUGGGCUGGAGAGAUGUCCGACAGCAGCUAAAGAAACCAAUCCCCCUCUAGGUAUUUUCAAUAUUAAUGUGGACACAGUGAAGACAGAGGAUUCUGAGAUGAGUAGGAGCAAUGAAAUGAAGACUUCAAGACCAAACGAAAUGGGUGGGAAAGGUUCUCCUAUCAGAGCUAAGACUUUUGCACCGUCAGACACCAGUCCCAUUUUGAAAAAGGAAAAUAGUCCACAUGCUGACCGACCACUGCGGAAACCAAUGGAAACCUCAGCUGGUGCUUCUGCGCUUGAGGCAGACCAUGGGAUCCUCAUUCCAGGAAGGAAGCUAACACUCACCCCCAUCUUUUCCAACCCUUGUCAUGUACCAGAAACCAGAAAGAGAAGUCCACAUAAAAGCCCUAAGUCUCCUCAGGCAACCACAGCACAUCAAAAACCCAACUCCCCUCAAGAUACAAAAAGUUCUAAGAAAAUUCCUAAAACCAGUGAAUCACUUAAAUUAACACUUUUGUCAUCUGAGAAGCAGACAGACAAAACACAGUGUAAUUUUAUGGAACUACCAACACCUCAGAUUGUUGUCAGUACAGCUGGAAUUGCAGAGUCACAACAUGUUAUACCCACAAAGAAUAUAGAAUCCCAGAGUGCUGGAGGGAACCGGCCAUCCAACAAGACUUCACCUUCCUCUGACCCUCUUCUUAAAGGGAAAGAUUCUGCAAACACAGCUUCUCUGCAAAAGCCAAAGGAAGAUAGAGGAAGGAAUGAGAGACCUCCCUUCCCUGGCUUUAGAGACUUUAAGCAGGCAUUUAAAAGCCUUUUAGAGCAGAGGCCAGUGGUGGCUAAACCUCCCAGAAAAUCCAAUAUAGCUCUGAAUGACAUACAGGGGCAGUUUAAGACCCCCUCUCCCAAGACCUGUUCCCUCAAGACUUCCUCUCCAAAGACCAUCUCUUCUAAAACCUCCUCUCCCAAUACUUCCUAUCCCAUGAACUCCUCUAAUAAGACCACGUCUCAUAAAACCUCCUCUCCCAAGACUUCCUGUCUCUGGAAGCCUCAGAGUAGAGGUCUAUUCAGAACUUUCCAGGAUCCCAAGAUCCAAAUUCCCAUUCAGAAUCAGAGCCCUUCUAUCCGGCCCACCUCCAACAAUAACCCAGAAGAGAAGCCUCCAGCAUCAACCUCAGUUCUGGGCAGGAGUUCAGAGUUGAAAAUGAGACAAGCUUUCCAGCAACAGGAUACACCCAGGCCAAAGAGUUACCCCCCCAAGAGCAAACCAUUCGAGAUUUCCCCAGGCUAUAUAGGUACUCCUUUUCAGGGAAGUACCCCCAUCUCUAGGGGUUUAAAAACCUCACAUGGCUGUCCAUCGAGGACCAGGAGUUCUCAGAGUAAUGCCUCAUAUUCUGCCAGAGCACGUUGGGAAAGAGAGGACAGAGAGAGGGAGAGAUGGCAGAGGGAGCGGUCCCCCGCCUCACCUCGACAGCGUUACCAAGCAUGGGGCCCAGUUCCACAGCCAACAUGGGAGAGAAAUCCUAAAGAAGGCUUGACAAGAUCUGGGAAGGAAAAAACUUCUAAAAGACAAGAUGACUUAAAAAUGAAAGUCCAAACACCACUUUCUCAAAAAAAAACCACCACUCACAAGAGUUGUCCAAAUGUACCCUCACCGUGCCAGUAUCCGCCACCGGCCAGAAAUGGCUCAGAUUCACGCUCCAAAAACACCAACGGCACCCGCUUACCCACGGCCCACACUAAAUCUAAAGUACCAGGAGAGAGGACAUACAGUCAGCACAUCAGACUCCCCUCUGUCCCACAGCAGUUCCCUCACCAGUCGCUCCACCCCAGAUCCGGCCCCAGCAGUCCAGAGAUUAUCCAUGCCAUUGUGAGUGUGAUCGGGUAUCUGCUUGGUGUUCCACCCACCUCCAUCCCCGGCUUCUGCCCUUCACUUGAAGACCCCAGUGCCUCGUCCACCCCUGACCCAUCCGCUUUUCAUUUGGAACCCAGCCAGCACCCCUUGAUUGAAGAGCUACGACUCCUCAGGCAAAGACUCAGUAAGACUGGGCCAGAGGUCAGCACUCAGCCAACACCCAACGCCCAUCACACCAAGCCGUCUUACAGACCACAGGACAGAUGAAGAUGAAGAUAGUAUGCUGUAAUGCUGAGCUGCAAAGAGUCUAAGAGCAGUUGUCCAGAGACUGACAGACCUGUGGAUACUGGAAAAAGUUCACCAAAGAUGUUCACUUCAACAUGUGCUCGAAUACUUGGUUUGUGUUUCUAACCCUUUAUCUGACAUGAAUAAGGAUAAAAUAUGCCCAGCCAGAUACUUAAUAGAAAUAUGUUUUCCUUGAGGACUGACAAACUAGUUCUUUGUUUUUUUUAUAAUGGAUAUGUUACUACUUGAAUUUGAUUAUUGCACUGUGCAUGCUGAAUGUUGUUCUUGUGACCACACGAGGGCGGUCUCCAGCAAACCUAAUAUUGUCAUGACUCCUAGUCAUUUUGAAAUGUACAGAUUUUGAAUAAUUUUUAUGUGACUGAACCUCUACAAAACAUACAACAUUGAGGAGUAUAAAUCUUUGAGACAUUUUGUUUAGAUUUCCUUAUGGUGAUAAUCUACCUGUUUGCUUACCCUACAGAUUAGACAAACCCUUUUCUGAAGUUCCUUUAUUAUUAUUUUAUCUCCAAUCAUUUUAGUGCUACAUUCACAUGCACUGAUUUUACUAAACUCUUUAUAAAACACCAAAAUCGUUAUGCGUAACCCAGCAUAUUUGACUGUAUAUUCCAAUUUUUCUUGAACACUAAUUUUGUUUGAAGACUUUUACCACACCAAUUAAAAAUUCCAAAUAUACAUUUACGGUGACAUACCAUGAGAACCUUGACUCAUUCCCGUAUAAGGCCAAUAAAUCACAAACCACAACAGAUUACUUAUUGCUAUUGUAAAUCUCUUACCAACAGUUACAACAGUAAAAAGUUAUAUGAUGUCAUAUCUGUAGUAAAUGGUCACACACACUACUUCCUCAAUUAGACUUUGUUAAAAACAACUAAUUAAUUUCUUCCUGCAUGAUGACCUUGUGUUUUAUGAUAAUAGUCAGAGAACGUUACUCUCCAUCUAAGCUAACAAACAAAUCAAGAUAAAUGAAUGGGCCGCAUUAGAAUCAUUGGACUAAACAUUAUAAAAUAAAAGAAGCAAGUUCAUAUCUGUUGAGCAUGUGAAAUAAUUCUAGGUCUUCGCUAAAUACAUAAUUAAGCCAGUCUGUUUCUGGCCCCUCAAAACAAAUUAUAGCCCAAGUUCACAUCUUGUUCCAGUGUGCAGAAUGCCACACUAAAGACGUGCCAAGAAGCCACGUUCCUUUGGGUAAAAGUGACAAACCAAAAAUUACAUAACCUUUUUAAAAAAAGGGUCACGGAGAGUCCUCCAAAAUUGUAUGAUUUGAUGUGGUGCUAGUAUAGUGUGGGUUAAGGACAAACAUGACAGAACUUUCCAGCAAUAAACCUUGAAUUUUACCACUUUCCUUCGAACCUACAGAAGACCAACAUAUUUUUUUAAUUGAAAGGGAUCCUCACAGAAGCUGACAAGAAUGGUUCCUUUUCAGAAAAUGUGUUGGCAUUUAUUUUCAAUGACAGUCCCCUUAUAGCCUGAUUUUCUUUUCUUCCAAAUGCGCCAUAAUAGGGGAGACGUGCGUCUCACUCCUAGGCCUGGAGAUCAUGGAAAUGACCACUGGCCAGGGAUCGGAAGCUCUACUGACACCAGAGCCAUGGUCAAAGGCAGGCCGUGGCCUGAGAGGGAAUCCCACACAUGGCCCAGACCCACACAUCUAACGGUGCCAUGGAUGCUGAAUACAAUCAAUCCAAAAGGUUAGGAAACCUGGGGAGAUAAACCACACGUAGUGACAAGAGGUGACAAUUGCUUUAAAACCACAAGCUGUCAGAGAGAGGUAGCUUGUCCCACCUUGUCUGACCAGAAUAUGCUGGCCCAACAGGGAGCAUUGGAACCAUUUAAGUGCUACAAAAAUUGCCAAGAGCUCUGGGUAGUUGUUUUGGUACGCAUUCUAAAUCACCAACAACAUCCCCCCUGACUGAGCCACUGUUGCACGGAGCCCCGUACUCCAUAUGAGAGCCGUCUGUGAUUGAAAGUUAGAGAUGCAACGCCCAGCCCAAAGGAGCCCCUAUAAAAGUAACUGGAGAUCCCUCCAUUUGGUCAGUUCCAUGAAGAGCAACGGGGACACCGCCUGAGCACACAAUGAAUGUGCCAUGACCGGUUCAAGAGUUUGGCCCACAACUAGCGCCAGACUGGCCGUAUACAUCACAGCCAGAGAGGGAAAACGGCCACCAGAGAAGCCAUCCUGUCGAGGAGAUUAAAGGUAGUCACAAAGCACACAGUCCCAGAAGGAAAUUAAGAAAAGGAAUCACAAAAUUCAAAUUCCCAUCUGAACAGAUGCAAACACUCAGAGCCCAGUGCACUGUCAACGGCUGGCGGAACUCCAAUACUAUCAGCCAGUCGUUCCAAUAUGCAGGCACUAUAAUCCCUCUGAGUGUUAACGGAGACCGAGCUCGUCAGAACUUCCAAGUGUAGGUCUCCCCAGUUGUUGACCAGAAACCAAAGGAGCAGAAUGGGUAAUAGACAGGCAUGCAUGUUACACUCUCUCCCUCGCUUCUUGCUCCUGCAGUUGAGCGUGGAGAUCACCCAACCCAUCACUGAAGGAUGAGGUGGGGGAUAUAGGCUGUCCAACAAAACCCAUCUGUUACGUUGAAGGAGAUGCAACAACCUAAACAACCUAAAGACAACCUAAAGCAAAGUUGCUGAACAACUGUCAACGCCAUGCUCUGUCGAUAGCUGAGACAGCAUCCUGGGAAAGACAAAUAGUAAUGUCAGUAGUAGCCUGUACGAAGUUGCAAGCAUGGGAGACCAGCCACCGUAACGCCAUUAAGUUUUGCGAACAACUCUGUCUGGUAUAUCUUGGGUAUGGAUACAGUGCGGGGCGAAAGUACUUCAACGGCCUGCAGAGUAUAAUUCCCUGAGCUGGUCACACACAAACCUCACACGGUCAGGAAGAAAAGAUGGACCACAAGGGGUCGCAUGCCCAGCUGGUGGUAACAUAUCUACUAAACCGGUUGUUAUUGCAAACAGCUUUAGGAAACCUACAGAUGGGAAUAAACAGUUUCCAUCAUAAAAGGCUGAAAGAGUACAUUUCUCAUGGGCAAUUCCAAAGAGUCUGCAGAAUUUACAGUCAGAAAACUAGAGAGUAAAAUCUUCAGAGUUGGAGAAUCACUUCUUGUCAAUGAAAGAUACUUCUUCUGAAAUAAGCAGGUUUAAGGGCCAACCCAGGCUUUGGUCUGUUCACACUGCUGCCGUCUGGUAGAUGCUACUGGAGCAUUGCGGCACGCACCUCCAGACACACAAACAGUUUUUUUCCCUCAGGCCAUAAAGGCUCCUCAACCAACAACACUGAUUCAUGAUCAUACUGUUCACAGAUGAACAAUACAGAUGCUCUGAUGUCUUUUCAGGUUCUUUCAAUGUACACUAGAAUAUUCCCUCAUGUGCCAUUCAUAAGCACAUUAUAGUCAUUCAUACCCCUUCACACAAUAUUGUGCAUUUUCACAGUCCUACUCAACCUGCUAGUUUUUUUGUUAUGUAUAUUAUUGCCAUACUUGCCAUAUCUAUAACAUUUAAUACUACUACCCAUUUGCUGCUAGUUUAUAGUACUCCUUUGAAAUUGCUGCUAGUUUUACAGUGUUGUGUAAAUUAACGCUUAAUAUUUUCGCUAUAUAUUUUGCUUUAUAGAUUUUUCUUAAUUCUUACUAUAUAGAUGUCAGGUGCCUUGUCACAAGAAUUUCAUUGUGCAGGAUGAUGCUGUGUUAUUUGGUACAUUUGAUAAAUAAACUUGAAACUGAAACUAAAAUGAAUUGACAGGAUGCAGCAGAGAUGUUGGAGAGCGGAGGUUUUGGAGAAGCACCAUUGAAUCUCAAGUCAAUAAUUUCAUUAACUGCAAAAUUACUCAGGUCAUCUACAUAUUGGAAGGUAAAAGAGACACAUUUAAGUAUGCCAUAAGGGUAUGCAACAAAGACUAGCCCAUAGCAUGACUACAAGUCAUUACACCAUGGCAACUCUGCCUCACAACAAGUUAUGGGGAUUGAAUAAGUUCCUGCUUAAAUUUUAAGGGCCAACCAUAAGAAAGGAACAUAACAAAGGAAGCAUUUUUGUCAUUACAAACUACAGGCCACUAAGUAUCCUGGUUUGAUAGUAUGAAGAUAUGGAUUCCUCUAUAUUUCUGUUGGGUCCUUACUUGUCCUGAAGAUGUCAUCUUGCAAUGUUGCUCUCUGCUCUGUUUAUUAAUUACUGCUAUGUUUAUUAAUUACAUCAAGUCUCUACUCUCACUGUGUUUUUUACAAUUGGAUGAAAUGUUAGA